AUGUACUCACCAGCCAAUUUCGAGUCACCCGUUGGUGCUCUACGAUCAACACAGCGUGCGCCUCAGAGUUGCACGCGGUGCUCUCGACUCAAGAUCAAAUGUGACAAGAACGCCCCUUGUAAUCAAUGCAUCAGGAAGGGCAUACCGGAUGCUUGCUGUAAGGAGACGGUUCUCGUCCGCGGUGCAGUCACCACAGCGCCUGCCAAAGACCGUUUGCCGACAUACAAUGAGCUUCUCGAAGAGAACCGGAGAUUGCGGCAUGCAAUGUAUCUGUCAAUACCUAAGCCCCAGUCUGUCGCCACACUCGAUGCGGGCGCGGUACAGGACUACGACCUAUAUGAACGGUAUCUCUUUGACAACGUCCAGCAGGCACCUGUCCGCCACCAUUUCGACCACGACUGCAUUGUCUUCCCGACACGGGAUUGCAGCAUCAAGCUGAUCGAGCAUGACAAAAUUUGGAACUCGUGGGUGCACUACGCCGUGCAAUACCCAGAGUUUGACCACGAGCAUGAACUCCUCUGGGAGAAGUUAUCCGCUGGCACGCCUGCCGAUCAGAUCGAUCCCGCGUGGCUGGCUCUAUACUUUGCCGUCCUUGCUGCUGCCUUGCUUACUAUGGAUGAAAGGGAGAGCAUCAAUCUAAACCUUCCGACAGGUGACGUCGAUUCUAGUCUACGCUUGUGGUUCGAUACGUCACUUUAUUACCUUCAUUUCUCAAAUUUUAUGAGAAGGGAUGAUGUUCUCACCGUGCAGACGAUCGCUGUCUUAGGAAUAUGCUUUAACACUCUCGGGGAGUACAAGUUGUACAAGAACUUGUGGUCUUGCGCCAUUCGCAUCGCGCAGGGCUUAGGCAUGGACAGAUCCAUGGUCACCAGCUUAAGAAUCAGACCACAGUUGUGCCGCAGGCUAUGGUGGACUUUGAUUAUCUGUGAAUGGCUAUCGGUACCAUGGUAUGCACCAUGCAUCACAGAACAUGAUUUCAAUGUCCCGUUACCGGAGCUGGAGUUUGAGCCGGCCAUGACUGCCAAAGGCUGUGAUGGAAUAGCACCGUGUUCUCCCGUCGACUAUCACAUCUUCAUGAUCAGUGUUUCUUCCGUCUACCAGAGAUUUCGUCGAGAUCUACGGUCCAUGGAAAGCCCCGUUGUGCAAAUUGUACAAGACACAGAUAAUAAGCUGGCUGAGAUAAUCUCGAGCCUCCCCAGCCAUCUACAGCCCGAUCAGCCUCAAGACGACUACACAACUCGGCGCGACACAACUUAUCCUUGGAUUGCUUGGCAAAGAGUCUACCUCACGCUAGUUCUAUUAUAUUACAGGAUGGUCAUCAACCGCACACUGCAAAGUUCCUGGCUUGUCGAUCAGGACCAGUACGGUGGACCGAGGGCGAUCUGUCUCAGCUCGGCCAGGGGCAUUCUAUUGAUUCAACGUGAAUGGACAAUCCCGUUGACCAAACGCCGACAAUGGGCUGCUACUGUCCAUAUUUAUGCAGCCGUCGCUUGUCUGUUAAAUGAUAUUGAAGUCCACGGCCUUUCCGGUGUCACCGAUUGCCGGGAUCUUAUUGACCACUCAAUUUCGUACCUCUCACAGCUUGAGGAUACCAGUGCUGUAGCAAAGACAGCUGUCCAAAUCUUAACACAACUGGACAAUGACCAAGGAGCGGGAACUUUAGGUCCAAGCCAACGAUUGACUACUUGA